AUGAAGUGGAUUAUUUGGAAUGUAAGGGGUAUCAAUAAAUUGUAUAAGAAGAAGGAGCUGAAGAAUUAUCUGAAAACCAAAAAUAUUAAACUAGUAGGGAUCAUUGAAGCAAGAGUUAAGGAGAAUAAGGCUAGAGAGAAUAGCCAGCAUAUAGCACCUGGAUGGGAAAUGAUUAAUAACUACAAUGCUGCAGUAAAUGGUAGAAUAUGGGUUAAAUAUGGGUUACUAACUACGAUAACAGUGAAGCUGAUUAAAGCGGAAGCACAGGUUCUUCACUGUACUGUCACAAAUGCUAUGAGAGAUGAAGAAUAUGCAAUCUCUAUAGUAUAUGGGUAUAAUACAGUUGAGCAAAGAAGGCAGUUAUGGGAUAAUCUAAAAGCAAUAGAUCAAAUGACAACUAUUCCUUGGAUAAUUGGGGGAGACUUUAAUGAUGUUCUGCAAUUGCAAGAUAGGAAGCAUGGGAAUCCAGUUACAAGAGCUGAAACUCAAGACUUCAGUAACCGCAUUCAAGAAUUAAAGCUAAAUGAAUUGAAUUGGGAAGGUGACUACUAUACUUGGUCCAACAAGCAGAAAAUGCAGAAUGUGUGGAUGAAACUUAAAGAUUUAAGGACAGUAUUGAAGAAAAUUAAUGUAGAGGAAUUCAAGUUUAUCAAGAAGAAUAUAGAGCUGGGCAGAAUUGAGCUGGAACAUGUGCAAAAAAUCAUAGAUGCUGAUAGCAAUUAUGACCAGCUAAGGAAAGAGAAGGAGUUGAUGCAGAAUUUGGAAAAAUGGAAAAGUAACCAAAGAAAGCAAAUUGUAGAGUUGCAAGUUAUUGGAGGCAAUAAGAUAACUGAUGCAGAAAGUAUUCAAAAGGAGAUAGUUGACUUUUAUAAAUCACUGAUGGGAACUACUUCCCAAACCCUCCCUGCUAUAGAUAAAACGGUUAUGUGUAAUGGAGAUAAACUCACUCAACAACAAAGAAUUAAGUUAUGCAAAGAUGUGACCACAGAGAAAAACUAUGAAGGAUUGUGCUCAAUUGGUGAAGAUAAAGCACCAGGUGUGGAUGGCUACAAUGUAGUUUUCUUCAAAAGAACUUGGCCUAUUGUAAAAAAUGAAGUUAUGGAAGCUGUUAUGGAUUUUUUUCAAGUUUGGAAAGCUGUGUCUAAGCCUAAAACUGUCAAGGAAUUCAAACACUCAGCCUUUUGCACUGUCUUGUAUAAAAUGAUAUCCAAAGUUCUAGCAGCCAGAUUACAAGGUGUUAUGGGUACAGUGAUCAAUGAAGCUCAAGCAGGAUUCAUACAUGGGAGGAGAUAG